AUGCCCGGAGGCGUGUGUGCCGUCCUCGACUAUGAGGUCGACAUGAUGUCCGAGUACGUUGCCGAGAUGGCCACUCGCGUUGUCACACCUGAGGCUGCUGUGACUUCGCCCUUCCGCAAGUUCGUGACCCAGAUCCUUACUUCGACACGACUGCCCAGCACCACCAUCCUCCUUGGAAUGAACUAUCUCGCCAAGAGAAUCAACACCUUGAAGGGACAGGGUCCCUACAAGGCCUCGGAAGGUCAGGUCUGGCGUUACCUGACUGUCUCUCUGCUUCUGGGAAGCAAGUUUCUUGAUGACAACACCUUCCAGAACCGCUCCUGGUCCGAGGUGAGCGGCAUCGCUGUAUCUGAGCUCAACUCUCUCGAGUUCGAGUGGGUAGAGUCCAUGGGCUGGCGCCUCUAUGUCAACAUUGACAUGAGCAAGGAUUACCAGGCUUGGCUCGAGAACUGGCGCGAUUGGCAGGACAUGAAGAAGCGACAGGUCGCCCAGGCCAGCCGCGAGAGACUAGCAUCUGUUGUCCCUGCCAUCGACACUGACGUCGCCAGGUACUCUGGUCACCGCCAGUCUCCUCAAUCGCGUUACCUACAGGAGCAGGCUGCAGGGUUCGAGCGCUAUGCCAUGAAGGCCCAGCAAAGUUAUCGCCCACGCGAAUCUGGCUGGGGUCACGCCUCUUGGGGAGCUCCUCUCACUCCCCCCGACUCUGGCUAUGGCACUCCAGACUACGCUAUGUCUGCUACCUCGAGCAACGACCGCUACAACGAGUGGUUCUCUCAAGCUGCUGCCCAAUACACCAACCGAUACCCCCAGCCUCCCGCCCACAGCACGUUCUACCCCAACUCGCGUCACAACUCCUACAGUGGUCACUACCACUACUCGCAAAACAUGUGGGAGCAUGGCCUUGCCGAGUGCAGCUGCGCAGGCUGUGUUGAUCCCAUGAAGCAACAAGUUCCUUAUUUCGUGCCUCACGGCUACAGUCAACCUGUCAUGGGUUAA